AUGAAGGCCAAAUAUGGCUACUGUCGUUCUGUUAUUUGGCCGAAUCAGUGAUGUUAAGCUUGCCCUUUGGUUAAGCUGAAUAUUGCAGGUGGUCUGACACCACAAACAGGUUUUACUUAGAGCAACCAUCAUGCAGAAACCUUUCAAGCUGCUUCCUGCGGGGUUCUUGAAAUAUAAACAUUAGCUAUGAAUAGUCCUGUCUUUGUUGUCAAACAUCAGUGGAAGCACUGUAUGUGAAAACCUUCCAGUGCCUACUGCUGACAUUCGUUUUAUGAAAUGCAAUACAUGUGAGUAUAGCUGAAUAGGGUUGUAUUUUCCAGUUGGAAGCCUUUCAAGUAGCCCCUUAUGUGGUGCCAUAAAGGUAAGAAAAUAAGGUAGCUUUAAAAUCCUAGCCAAGGAAACCAGAAUAGUGGUCCAAAAGAAAGCAGGGUGCUUUAAUCACUUAAUAAAAAUCAUAUAUGCGACUUCAGUUAUGAAGGGAACAAUGAACAGACUGCUUUGGUUUCUUAUUAGGUGGCUGCAAGAUUCUUUUGAGGUUACACCUUAACAAAAGGUGUAACAAAGUUUACCUGUAAUGCUUCUGUUGGACUAUGGACAUAUUUUAUUAAGCCGCAGAAAGAUGAGGAAUCACGCCUAUCAGAUUUCCUGAUCAUGAAUUGCUGUGAAUAGUUAAAAUGUGUAGAAGAACUCUGUUUUCUCCAUCUGAUCAAUAUGCUUGUUUGUCUUCAGCACAUACAAGAGUGGGAGGUGUGGCAUUUUUCAGCUCCUCAGAAACCACAUAUAGAGAAACAGGAAAUACAGACGGCAAACUGUUAAAAAUAACCGUAGUACGUAAAUUGACCUUUUAAACAGAGCUGCAGAGAUCUGCUUUAUAAGUCCAAAGACAAAACAAACAUACAUCGCUGAGGAAAAUUCUGGGCUGUACAAGUUUGUAAGUCACACUGAGUCAUUUUAUGAGUGAAGCAACUAAUACAUAUAAAUAACAACAACAAACGAGUCGAGAUACAGGGCUGCUGUGCAGUGGCGUAGCGUGGGGGGUGCAGGGGGGGCGGCCGCACCGGGCGCAACAUCCGGGGGUUAGGGUUUGGGGGCGCAAAUCCACGGGUUAGGGGGCGCAAAUUACUUGCCUUGCCUCGGGUGCUGACAACCCACGCUACGCCACUGCUGCUGUGUGAAGGGCAUUGGAGUGGCUAAUGUUCAGUUGCGUCUUCUUAAUCCCUAAUCAUCCAACCUUUGGUGAAUUUUAAGUUGUGUUUCAAAUCUUUCGGAAUUAAAAAUAAACACCACAGUCUGAACUGCUGGAGAAAUGUUGUAAGGCUUCAAGAGGCUAAAGAUGUAUGCUGAUUUUUGCAUUCCUGUCUACUAAAUGGCUAACUAUAAACAGUGAAAUGGGGUUAGAUACGCAGGAACACUAAUACCUUUCCUGGGCUUAUGUUUUAUUUGUGUUCCUAUAGUUCAUAUGUGGAAUAUAAUAGUUUUAAAGGAGAAAUAAAAAAGUAACAAAUGCUCUUUAAAUGUGUUUGGGUGUGUGUGCCUGUGUGUGCAGUUUGCCUCUCAGAGCCAAUGCACAACCUUAGCGUUUAUUCAGAAAAUAGCUAGCUUGCACCGAUUUGUAAUGUGGGAACCCGGCUGUUGAAGAAUUAAACAGGAACCUUGUAAAUAUUAGGCGUGGAAUUCAACAUUUCUGCUUGCCCGAUGGAAUGAUCUCCUCACUCUGCUCCAUGCAUGCUGUUCUGGAAGGUUCUCUUGGCAUUCCAGAGCAGAUUUGGAUGAGAAUAAAAUUUCAGAAAAGAAAUUAAAGCACUGAGGAAGAGGUGAGCAUGGUGUUAUGGAUGUGGUGGGGGGCACAUCUUUAAAGUUGUUACAGUGUUUAAAAAGUUAUGCCUAAAUGUAUCCUUUCAACUUGACAGCUCAGGAAAGAUACCUAGCUUUAUAAAUUCAUGUAAAAUCAGUAGUUUGACCAAUUCUCUUCAUUCCAACGCCAUUUUAGCCUUAGAGGAAAGGAAUCCUUUACCUUUCUCUUCCACCAUAAUCCCGCAAGAGUGAGGGCAUGUACACAACACCCCACCCAGGCAGUGCCCAAGGGUGGCGAUCGCUGAGCUGAUAGCUGACCAUAAAAUCCCAAGAACUCAUCCCUGGACUUGCCCCAGGACAAGGAUAUGUAAAGAGUUCUAUUGUUCUUUGGUGAUAGGUACUUGAGAGGUGUUAAGAGACAUGUCUGGAAAUGUUUGCCAAGAUGGAACUAGUGUAACCCCUGUCUACCCCUGCCCAUUUGUUGACAUGUCAGUGAUGUAAAGAUGAUGUAUCAGUGAUGCUGUACAAACUGCAUUCUGGGUGAUUGCGGGAAGUUUUAAAAGCCAAUGUCACCCCAUGCUUGGGGUUCUUACUCCUGUGAGGACCUGUUGCGCAACAAUAAAGAUCAUGGUCUACCAACCGCUAUUUUCUCCAAAUUACUUGGCUGGAACUUCCUUCUUUUACUGACCGCAUGGACCCAUGGGGGACUGGGACCCCAACGAGCUGGUCUAUUGAGUAGUCUCUCACUCCAUAAUUUUUCCUUAUCAAUGGAUAAGGGGAGUAGCAGAAACUGACUUUUGAUCCACCCUAAACCACUGAAACGAAUAGUAUGUGACCCCUAUGUGAAACAGUUUGGAGUCUGUUUUCCCCCAAUGUAUUGGAAUAUCCCUGUAUCAGUCAAACCCAAGUUUUUAGGGGGAAAGCAUUGAAACUGGUGUAGUUUGAGGUUAACAUUAUGUGAACUACACAAUUUAAAUGGAAAUGAAAAAAGCCUAAUACCGGAUUGGGCAAGGUAUCUAUUUACCCUUGUACUAGAUAGAUAGAUAGAUAGAUAGAUAGAUAGAUAGAUUUCAUCUUUUCUCCAUUCUGUGCUUUGGGACACCAUCUGCUCCCACAGUUUUCAAGCCUAUAAGUAUAGAAUAAUAAACUAGGCAAGGAAAUGAGUUUCCAAAGCACCAUAAAUGUUUAAGACAAGUACCAUUGUCUGCCACUAGACUUCUUAGUAUAUUUGUACUAGAACAAAGCACCUGCUUAGACCUAGAUUGGUUUGCACAGUCACACUUUUGUGCAUUCAAACAAAAUCAAGAGUAGUCAAUCAGUAGUGUAUGUGAUACUCAGAUUAGUAUGUAAGACCUUCUGCUGGGUAGACAUAUGGAUAAACUAAGCAGAGAUUAACCAGGUCUGAGUUGGCAUUAAAAUCCUGAUGUCAAAUUCUAGCGCUUAAUGAUAUAAAAACAAAACAAGACUAGGACAAAAGUAAUUCAGUCUGAUUGUGGUUUCAUUUUUCAAGAUUACGAUAUUGUGGCCCUCCAGGAAUGGCUGCAGUGAUUACCCAGAAAUGAUACCCAAUUGUCUACAGAUGAAGUGAGGGACCCUCCACUGCUUUCCUUUUCUUCUUUGUAGUUAAAUUUGCAUUUGACUGUGGAUUCCAAGCAAGAAAGCAACAUUUGAACACAUAGGAAUUUACUUCUGAGUAAACAUGCACAGGAUUAUGCUGAAGUGCCCAGCUCAGAGUGGUAUUUUGAGCACGCAUCCAUAUGAUGCACCCACCUUGCAAAAACUAAGCAGAUCUGACUGGUGCCUGGAGCUCCAUAUAUGCCACCCUGAGAACCUCCUCAUGAAAGAAAGGUGGUGUAUAAAUGUAAGAAAUAAAUAACGUUAAAUAAAACAUCUGACGUAUAAAUUGCAUCUCCUCGAAAUGUUUGUUGGAUUUGCAAUUCUUAACUGCUUCUCCAGGGAGAGGCCCAAAGUCAUAAACCUCUGCUCGUGACAAAUUAUUCCUAUUUCACCAACUCAUUUAUUUGUGAGGAAGACUCUCAGUCAUGUGACACUUGGGCCACACUAACCUAUUUGAAACACACAAAAAUGUAGUUCUCCAUUCAGUAUUAUUCAUGCCCAUCCUCAACAUGCUGCUAUCAAUCUAGAUUAAUUCUAGAUCCCACUGUUCACAAAACUGGGUGCGGUUACUUGAUACAUGUUUGAAAAUCCUCUCCUUGACUAGGAUUAUCCAUGCCUUUUCCUUCCUGCACAUGCCCCAGGUGAAUGAAGGAGGAAGUGGAGAUUGUGAUCUUGGUCUAUGCCCACCCACAACACCGUUGGAAAGGCGUGGAUACACUCAAUCCAUUGCCAGGACUGGCUACACCUGUUUUUUUAAAACUCUUUUCAGAUGGAUGCACUAUUGGGUAAUGCAGAAUCAAUCUGCAAUUAGCAUUUGUUUUUAGAAUGAAACUUGUUUCUCGAUAAUAUUUUUUUAUGAGCAAAAAACAUGCAACAGUCUGAGCAUUUGCACAGGACCAACUGCAUUUGAAGAGGGAGGCGGUGGUGGUUAACCUUGGAUUUCACAUCACACAUAUUGUUGCAGGGAUGAACAAACUAAAGACAAUACUUUUUUUAAAAAAAGAAAAAGCAUAUAAUUAAGAAUACUAUACACUCGGAAGAGCUCUUUCUGACAUCAUACUCCAUUUCCAUUUUACUCUCUUCAACAUAGGACAUCACAGCAGGUCCAGACCUUUGGUACAUGUGCUUAGCCAAGAAGCCAAUGCGAGAAAAUGACAUGGCAACUUCAGAGGCUUCAAUGUGGAUCUGAUGAUUUCAGGCAAACGGCUUCCCAUCUGAAACUGAGCUCUAUGAGGUAUAUUCUACCCUGAAAAAAAUAUUGUGUGAAUUGGCUGUACUGUAUAUCUUCCUUCUCCUACUGUAUAUCUCUCCCUUUCUACAGUUCCCUAAAAAAUAAUCUGUUCUCUCCCUCUAUGGUUUCAGAAAAUAAACUCUAUAUAAAGUCCAGAAGCAAAACCCCUAAAGUGAGUGGCAGGAAGCAAUGUUGGCAUGUCAGGGGAAAUUUCAGAGGCCUGAAGUCAAUGGUCAAAAUAACUUUGCCUUUUGUUGAAUGGGAAGUGAUCAUGGCUUGCUUGCUAUCUUCCUCAGGUUCCACUAAUUUGUGUUAUUCUGCUAACACAGGAAAACAACAUAUGUUUCAGAUUUCUACAGGACUGAAACAUCCAGCCAUCUACUUCCCCAUCCCCACCCUAUGAGAUUAUAAACAGAAAAAAACCUUGCUUAUCCAGACAUCUCUAAUCCAAAUGCUUUAUUUUUUUCUGAACAUACUUUAUGGUUCACUCAUAUGCCUUCCAUAUACAUGCCAUCCCCCAUUAAGUAAAUAUUUUUCCACAGUGUCAGUACUUUCCAUUCCUGCCACUUUCACAUGGAUAUAGUUAUCAGGGUGCUUCCAAACAGACAUGAAACUGGCUGGCAGUCUUUCCUUUACAAACAGGGCACCAGCUUGCUGAAAAGCAAGAUUGUAUAAAUCUUUUUUUCCGAUGGCAUAACUAUACAAUGAAAUUGCCAUCCUGCUCACUUUGGCAGGCAGGAGUAGUGGGCAGGAAAAAGACAAUUUGAACACUGGGGGAAAGCAGUGUACACUAUGACAUACAUUAUCAUUGGCCUGCAGUGUGUUUGUUUUCUAUAUGUUUAUUAAAGCUUUGCAAAUGCACAACAUUGAAAAAUUGUAACAACAAAAGAAAUUACUGAGUGCAACUUAAAGUCACAAAUGUUUUUUGUGCUUUUUGUUCUGGAGUGUCCAAGCAAAAUACAACAUCUGCGAGGCCAGUUCUAGGAACAGAGGGACAAUUAUUCAUAAAGGGAUACUGAGUUGUACAGCAGUCAUCAGGGUGUGCUACAUUUCUUGACGAGUUCAAUAAAGUUAAAUCCCAUGCACAAGUCUAUCACUUCUCCAAAGAACCUAUGUUAGAGUCCUUACAACAGUGCAGCUUCUAAGCAAGCUAUGGCCAUCAAGGCAAUUAUCAGUAUCUUUAUUUAAGUAACAUGUUUAUGCUAAUCAGUGAAGAGCAUUAACUCCAUUAAUCUGGGUUCAAGAUCCAUGAUCUGCCUAGUAAUCCAAGAUAUCUCAUGAAAUUCCCCCCACUCCCUCCAAAAAUGUCUCAUAUAUUCCCACGACAUGUGCCACCAGCACAGUGGAGACAUCCCUCUGGGACUGGGUCCUGCACAGUUAUUUUGUUUAUUAAAACCUCCUUCACUGAGACUGCAGUCCUAUGGCCAUUUACCUGGUGGUAGACUGUAUUGUUUAUUGGUUAUGUACACUGCUUAGAGAGUUUGUGAUUAAGCAAUCUAUAUAUUUUUCUAAAUAAAUAAAUAAAUAAAAACAACGAAUAGGCCUAAUUCAUUUACAUUUUCCACAUUCACUAUUAAACAAUAAUGUAGCAUCUUUAGGGUUCAUUCUGUAGCCAAACUGGAAGAUUAAUUACAAUGGCUAGUAGUCUUGAAGACACAAUGGUGUGAAUCUGAAGUACAUAUGAGUUCUUUUCCAAGGCUGGCAUCACCCAUUGAGUUGGGUAGAUUUUGAAGGCCUAUAUUGCUGACUGAUCAGAGUGUCUCCAAGUGAGUAGCAGUGCACACAGAAAGUAUUUCAAAUUUGCCUUGAUCAUAGAAAAUGAGGCACAAUGAAAAAAAGGGGGAAAGUUUAAUGCAGUAAUAAAGCCAGGCAAAUAAACUGCAUAAUCAAAUCAGAACCAUAAAUUGUUAAGGAAAAUGAGCUCAGUCUUAUUAGAUUCUUAUGGCAAAUUCAAUCAGUGAUUUAUAAUCUCACCUGCUCCACAUUCAAAAUGCUGAGUUAUGUUACUGUAUCUGUAGGGAAAAUUACUUCACAUAAUAAUAAGGCUCCAUCUAUUUCAAGUAUCAACUUGAUUAAAGUAACAUCUGGGAAAGACGGGAAAAAAAUAAGCUGCUGAGCAUCUCACUCUGCAAAUUUGUUAUAUUUGAUAGCCCUCAUAAAUGUACUGUUAGUAACAUUAUCUUUUUAUUUGAAUCCCAGGCCUUGCCUUAUAUCUUUUUCAAUACGUUGUAUUAUGCUUUUAAACUUUGUGAUAAAAGCAAUUUGUGAUGCACUACUUCUAAAAGAGGUUUAUUUACUUAAAAGGCAGAUUGCCACUGGCUAGGGUAGAAAUCUCUCUCCCUCCCCCUCGCCACGUGCAAUCCAAAAUGAUUUCUGCUUCAUAAUAGCAAAGCUACUGUUAAAUGAGUCCUGCUGAAGAAAAAAUGGCUUUAAUCUCAGAGUCAACAUUCAGAAUACAGAGGGAAAAAUCAAUGAAGGUGAAGGUUAUAGAAAGAAAUGAUUUGAAUGUACAAUGAGGCAGUCUCCCACACAAUAAAGGUAGAAAAUAAUUAGGUCUAUCGGAAUAUACAAAGCACAAACACCCUAUAAGUGUGUUCUGAAACCACCGCAUCAUUUUAUUGACUUCAGUCGUGUAAAUGACUCUGGUAGAUAAGUGGAUGAUGGGCAAAGAGACCCAUAAAUUCAGAAGUGCUAAGAAUGUCUUUCCCAGCAAAGUGCUAGGCAUUUUUACUUAGAUGUGAGGAUCACUGCGUUCAGUGGGGCUUACUCCCUUUCAAGUAUGUUCUUGAUGAUAUGAAAUGUGUAAAAUACAUGGAAUUCGAGGACAAUGUUAAUAUAUUCCAGUUUGGAUAAAGAAACCAUAUACCCAGAAUAAAUCCCAGCUGAAGCACUGCUUUUGUUAAGUGUGGCAAAUGUUUAGAGUGCUGAUGACUGAAAACUAGGGAUUAAUUACCAGAUGGGGUUAAUGGACUAGGGUGAUUAACUGAUUCUAGCCAGUUGUUAAUCCCAAGGAAAUACACUGUUUUCAAUGUUAUCAGUUAAAAACGACACCCUGGAGUCCUGCUAUUAUUCUUUGCUCAUUUAUUUUCCAAAAAUAUUUGUCAAAAGCAGAGGCAGGGUAAUCAAAAUGAAUUCAAGCAAUAAAAUGUCAUCUUCGUGACUUUGACUAUUUAUAUAAUUUAAGAUUAUUCAAAAGAAAUUUCCUGGGCCUCAGGCUUCAAAGAGGGAUAUGUCAAGUUAGGCCUUGGACUCCUCAAUGCUAAAGAUACGUGUAACUGUGACAACGGAACACACACCUGUGCUGAUAGCAGAACAUUACCACAUGCAGAGCAAUGGCAUGUUGACUUGUGCAUUGCAUGUGGUUGUCUGUAAGGAAACCCCAACAACAGAAAUCCUGCUUGUGUAGUCAGGUCACCUGGUCUUGUGGGUGCCCCACAAAUCCCUAAACAAUGGGGGCCCAAAGUGCUUUAGGCUCAAAGUACCUGAUUCCUUCCGCUUCACCUCAGUAGCUGAGGUCUUCUGAUGGGGCACUUUUGGUGGUCCCAUAUGCCCCAAAUAUUUGGCUGGUGGAGCCAUUAGUGUGGCAGCCCUGCCCUGUGGAUCUCCUCACCAACAGAGGUUUGGCAGAAGCCAGCCCUGCUCAUUUUUAGGUGUCUUCAAAAAACCUCUUUUAUUCAGGCAGGCCUUUCAAACCCAAUAUUUGUUGCCAACCAGCUUUUACUGAUGAUGUGUUGAAAAUUUUAUAUUUUUUUACUCUGAUACCGUGUUUUUAGUUUGUAUACCACCUUAUGUUAUUUUAUACAACAGUGCAGGUCAGAAAUAUUUAGCAGAGAACAGUAGUGGUGCCAUAGUGUAAGGCUUGGGUGGUCCAUAGCACUAUGCAGGCAACACAUUUUCUAGUAGGCUUCCCAGACCUGGAAGAACAGCCAUCACUCUCCAAAUGCUUGCUGAUUCUCUCAAAGUUCAGGGACACGAACCUCAGAUGCUGUGUGUUUAUGUCAAGAUGGUGGUGAAUGUGUGGAGACGUUUGCCAUGUGAUUAGUGAGGAGACUGAGCACAGGUGCCCUAGGAAGGAAUGUGUGUUGAGCCAAUGUAAAUCUGUUUAUCUUUAGUCACAUCACACCGUUUUAGAAAGGAUACAGCAAUAGGUCUAUAUAAAACCUGGUUUCACCUUUUAAGCUGAGUUUACUGAAGGAAUAGAAUGAGAAGCAGGAUCGUAUCUGUAUCUACUGCCCUUUGCCACAAACUCUGUAAGUGCAGCAGAAGCUGUGACGGGGCUCUACACAAAAGUCUAGGCAUAACUGGAGUGAAUUUGGAUCAUAAGCUUCCAAUUUCCAUCAGCCCCAGCAAACAUAACUAAUAGUCGAGGAUGAUGAGAGUUGGAGUUCAACAACAUCUGGAGGGCCACAUGUUCCCCACCUUUGACCUAUGCACACAGUAAUCUCUCCCAACUGUAUACAUGAGGUAGGAAUUUGUUUGGUUGAUUUGGUUUAGAAGCAGCAGGGCUGAAGUCUGGUUUCACAUCAAAACUUGGUUGAUCAAGUGAAAUUAAGAGGCAGCCUGUUAUUACAGAAAUCCUUUGCAGAUUUGGUCAACAUAUUCCGUGUAAUGCAUAGCAGUGACACAGCCUUUCCCCCUGUUAGCUUAAGGGUGAUAGUUUUCAAGGAUCAGUGUUUCUUUCUGUUGUCUAUUAUAUGAUCUGAUUUGCUCUUCACAUAAAUGCUCUAGUUAUAUAGGCAUUAUUUUUAGUGCCUUAAAAACUUUGUAAGGUUUGGUUUAAGGGAAACGGCAGCAAAACUAUAUACUGUAGUUCAUCUUGCCAAACAUCUGAAUUGUUUUGGUAUGACGUUUCACGGGAGUGUUUUGUGACUUUCCUAUCCUUCAUGGGGUAAAGGUAAAGGGGCCCCUAUUAGGUCCAGUCGUGGCCGACUCUGGGGUUGCGGCGCUCAUCUUGCUUUAUUGGCCGAGGGAGCCGGCGUACAGCUUCCGGGUCAUGUGGCCAGCAUGACUAAGCUCUUCUGGCUAACCAGAGUAGCGCACGGAAACUCCGUUUACCUUCCCGCCGGAGCGGUACCUAUUUAUCUACUUGCACUUUGACGUGCUUUUGAACUGCUAGGUUGGCAGGAGCUGAGACCGAAUAACAGGAGCUCACCCCGUCGCUGGGAUUCAAACCGCCAACCUUCUGAUCAGCAAGUCCUAGGCUCUGUGGUUUAACCCACAGCGCCACCUGCAUCCCAACCUUCAUGGGGUACAAUGGAUAAACAUCACACAGAUGAUGAAAGCACCACAAUUAUAGAGUCCAUCUGCAGUGCUUCUUGCAGUAUGUUAAAUAUACUGAUAUGGAAUCUAAGUGCUACAAAUAUAUUUACUGUUUAUAUAAAAUCCAUGGUAAUGUACUUUGCCUGAAAGUUUAAACUGCAUAAUAAUGGCCUUUCCCUCAGCAGUUUCGUUUUUUAAAAUUAUUUUACUGAUGUUGUAAAAUAACAAUGCACUUUCUCUUCUAGAUAGGAAAAGAUACAUCAUUUAUGGUCCUGCUCUGACUGUGUAAAUGACCUCACAGAUAAAUGGAAAGGGAUAUUUCAAUCCUCCAGUUUAUUAUUGGUUGAUGGCAUGCUGGUCUUAUCGUUCAAGACAGCGUUUAACUUUGAAUAAUGUAUUAUGCUGUCUUUCUGAAAUGGUCAUUAUGAGGUUUUAAUGCACCAUAAAACAGACCUUAUGAUCUCCAGCUCACUAAGAUGUCAGUCUAACGUAUUAACGCAACAUAUAUCUUGGAAAGAAAUAGUUUGGCAACAGCAGUCUUUGCUUCUCAAUAUUUAUUUUAGUAUAUUGGGGGGGGACAUUUUUAAUUGUUGGAUUAUUUUCAAUUGCAACCAGGUAGUAGACAUUAAAUUGGAUUUUUGGCAGGAGCUACAGGAACACUGUCUGUGAAACACAGGGGAUGUUGGUCUCAGAGUUCCUGGUCUUUAGGAAGUGCAGCCAUGGACUUACAAAAAAUCCGCUCACCUUCCUCAGUAGGUGGUGUUGCAGACAGACCUCACACCAUGCAAGUCAUCUGGUGAAUGGCAGGCCGGAUCGUUUAAGCCCAAACCCAGUAUGCUGUUGUUAUUCAUUUCCCUAGGGAACUGUGGAGUCACAGGGCAUUGGCAUGCAGCUUCUGAUUUAGCUCUUAGUAUGCCAGAUUGUCAUAGAAUCAAAACUUGUGAAACACACCAAGAGUGGAUCUACACACAGGAAAAAAUACCCACUAUAAAUAAGUCAGAAAUUAAAUCAUUAUAAUAAAAGAACAAAAAACACUAGGGAAAAUAGCAAAUAAUUUUUUUGCUCUCUAGCACCACCUGGUGUUGCAUGUUUAUAAUGCGUUCAAAACGCUUUUUUUUUUUUUUUACUAAUGUAGCUGAGUCACAAGUUGAUUCUCUGACCAGUGUUAUGAGAAACACAAAGUAGGACCACAAUGUGGUCAGCUUGAAAGCAGAAAUAGACUUUUUAGUUACUUCUUUCUCCUCUACAACCACACACACACCAGCAAUUUAUAUAGGGUAAGAAAUAUGAAAAAGAUUAUGCUAUCUUCAAACUCUUUCUAAGACCAUUUUUACUAUUUCAGUCACAAAGUGAACAGUCUCUGCACUUCAGACAAACCUUCCUAGUUUAUUUCCUCAGCUUGAACCUCCUAGAAGCACAGUUCCUCAAACUGUGAGCUUGACCUAUCUUAGGAGGUGCCUAGUGAUCUCUUUCAGCAAACUUUUGCUCAAAUCUAGGAAAACUGUGCAAGUUAUUUCACUUAAAGUUUGUUUUGUUUCCUUCUGUAUUUCGUAAAGGACUCCGCUAAAGCGGAAUCAUUUCUGGCAAUCUCUUUAAUCUGCAAUCUGUCUUUCUGCAAGAUUCAGGAUGCGAGUAAUCAGGAAUAGAGAAAUUAUUCAUAAUUUCUCAGUUGUGUUUUGUUUUAAAAUCAGAGCUGGUCCUGCCAUAAAGCAGGACGGGGUGACCUGCUUCAGGCAAGCGCCAUGGCAAGAAGGGGAAAAGAUGUGGGAAGGAUUUUAGUUACUUAUUUAUAAAAGUGUUCCUAGAGCACAAGUUAGGGAUGGGGAAGAAAUUCAAUUCAGUUUGCAUUUAAAUGAAAACUUACCUAAUUCACACUUUCCAAAGCAAGAUGCAAACUGAAACAGAGUCAUGUGAAAUUUGCACUUCGCAAAAUUCACAGAAAUUAAAGUGUGGAUUCAAUGCAUGUAUUCGUAAAUAUGGAAGACAAAAUGCAUUAUAUGGGGGGGGGAAAUGCUUUGCAAAAAUGUGUCUAUUAGGCAAAAAUGCAUACAAAAAUGUGUAUAUUAUAUUGGAAGAAAUUAACAUUAAAACGCUGCUGAAUAUUCACGAGAAUUUUUCUUUUUUAAAAUAAAAGUUCACAAACUGAUAGAAAAAAGAAACGGAGAGAAAUUGACAUGUCCACCUGUUCUGAACACCACCUCAUGUAAAAUAUUAAUACAGUGGUACCUCAGGUUAAGUACUUAAUUUGUUUCGGAGGUCCGUACUUAACCUGAAACUGUUCUUAACCUGAGGUACUACUUUAGCUAAUGGGGCCUCCUGCUGCUGCUGCGCCGCCGGAGCACAAUUUCUGUUCUCAUCCUGAAGCAAAGUUCUUAACCUGAAGCACUAUUUCUAGGUUAGCAGAGUCUGUAACCUGAAGCGUAUGUAACCUGAAGCGUAUGUAACCCGAGGUACCACUGUAUGGUAUAAAACAGAUAAAAUUAAAUAUGGAAUGGUAUAUAAAAUAAUCACCAAAAUAACUGGCUAUUUUUAAAAAAUGUAAGCAACUGCAUAGGUCUGUUGGCAUAAAAAAGGUCUUCAAGAGACACCCGCUGCCACACCCCACCCACCUUGCUACUUCUGCCACCGCCAGAAUGCCACCCUCUUGCUGAACUCAGUGAGAGAGGGGGGUUUUCCUCAAGUUCUUGCCAUUCAUCUUCUCCUUCCCAGGGUUGGGGAAGAUGAGCAGCAACGCUGUGUGCCAGAAUGCCUCCUUGGUGAGAGUGGGGGGGCAUUCUGCAAGGUCUGGCUGCUUGUCUUCUCAGCCCUAGGAGCAAGGAAUACAAGUGACAGUGCUGUGCAUCAGAAACUGAGGCAGGCGGGGCGUCUGUUCCUGCGCUUCCACUGCCUGAAGCAGCUGCUUCAAUGCAUCUAAUGGGUGGGCCGGCCAGCUCUGGCAACCAUACCCUUUCCAAUGUUUAUGGGCCCACUACCCGUCUUUCAGAAGUCAUUUUAAGUUGUUGGGUAUAGGUGGAAGGUAGAACAAAAUCUAAGAUUCCUUUGAGGGGGUUAGAAAAUAUCCCACCCUGCAGGUGAUACACUGAAGCCUAUGAACAAUUGCUCUCUGUUUCUUUCAGUUACCUCUCUUCUACAAGAAAGGUCAAGCCAAAUGGCUUUUUCAUCUCCUGGUAUUUGUAGAUAAGGACAUGCUUAGCAAUCUAUCUCCCUCAAACAUCAAGCAAUAUAUUGAGGACGACACCUGCAUUUAUGCACUAAAGCCUAAAGGAGCAGCUACUUGACAAAUACAUUAGGCACAAUCCUUUGGCAUUUUCUUUUGUAAUUACCUGCCUUGAGAAAAGUGUGGAUGACUUGAUCCAUGAUAGGGCCAUUUGCACUGUCAUAAUUACUUCUACUCUUCUUCACAGAAGAGACACAACAUUUGGGGGCAUCGUGGUCCUCAGCCUGCUGCUGAUAUAAAAGUGCAUUCAGUACGUCAACUGCCCAUUCUGGCUUGGUCCUCCAAGGUUUUUGAUUGGAUACCUCAGUGCACAGGGCUUAAUGUAGGGCCCACCAAGCUUUGGGGGCUACAGGGCACCUUUCAUAAUGAGCCUUCAUGAGGGAGCUGUUUCCAGAGGAAGAUCUCUGAAGGUAGAGAGACUCUGUUUGCCAUCAGGGGGUGGUAGGUUUCACCUCCAGCCCAAGGAACCUUCAGAAGGGAGUUGCUGCCACAGGUAUAAUGUGUAUGGGUAUUUUAAUGAGCUAGAUAGAGUGAAAGAUUAUGAGUCAUGGGUGUAUGCAUGGACUUAUCAGUGGACCUAUGGGGGGGGGUGCACCUAUAUUAGCCACUCACAAAGACAGGCUCUUUGCACCUCUCCUCUGAGAUGUAGCUGUCCUCCUGUCAGAGCAGGGAGGUGACUGAGGGUUAAUUGGAGGCUGAGCUGGCACUGCGGAUAUGGAGAAGCCAGUGUUGGCACAAGCAAACCUUGAUGAGCCAACCCACUCCAAAGAGUGCCUGCUUGCUUGCCUAGUCUCGGGACUGCAGCCGCUUGCUGGGCCUGCCCCACUCUUCAUAAGGAAGGUACAGGGGGUGUGCCACUUGUUGGAUCAAUGUAUUAACUUGUGCAUUAUCUCAGUUGAAAAAUGCAUCUUCUUCUUCUUCCAGCCAGACAAAAACACUUGAACAGUGUCAAAGAGGGUAAUGGCUUGGGGAGGAGUAAGCCAUGCAGAGAGUGUCUGGGGCACCCCAGCCAGAUGGCAUGGUAUAAAUAAUAAAAUUAUUGUUACUAUUAUGGCCUGGGGGGAGUUCCAAGGGCUAGCUAGAGAGGCUUGGGUGGCUGCAUUUGACCCCCAAGCCUGAGGUUUCCCACUGCUGGUUUAACUGGUGUGAGACUUUAAUGUAUAUCUUUAUUUCUGUUUGAUGUGAUAUCAUGCAUGUGUUACAUCUGAAUUGUGACCUACCAUGUACACUAAGAGCAUGGCAGGUUAGAAGUGGAACUGAUUCAAUGUGUACUUCUGUUUCCCCUGCUGUUCCUAGGACUGGCUAUCUGCACAUAAAGAAUACAGUCCUCUAGAAAAUAAAUAUGAGAUUCACCCACCUACCCCACACAUGUGUAGUUUUGUUUUUGUUGUUGCUCCUAUUAUAAUACUCGCAAGAGGGAAAAUGAACAAGGCAGUGAUGGAAUUUAUGUAUAUACUAUCUAGUAUGGACUGUGGAGGAGAAAGGUCAAAUUAUCACAGCAAGCCCACAUAAGUGACUUCUCAUUGUUGUAUUUAUAUUUUCGCACACUGUGGGGCUGCUGACAAAGGGCAAAUGGAAGCCUAGAAGCAAUAAAUUCCACAGCACACAGCAGUGUGAUGUUGGCUAUUCAUUCUGUUGCUGCUAGUCUGGAUUCUCUUUCUUUUUUAAAAAAUUAUCUGUCAUUCUGUCAUUAUGAACCCGAAACUCACCCCCCAUUGCAGCAAAGUGGAAUGUAUCUUAUGCUACCCCCUAAUAUUUAUCUCAUCCCUGAAGGUGAUCUCUUUAUUUCACAGCAUCUCUUUAUUUCAUGAAGAGAAUAGAACUAAGAAAGAGUUGUUUUGUUCCUUCCAACUUCUCUCUGUGUGAAUUGUUCAAGAAUUUGGAUUCAUCUCUGAAAUUAGGCGCUACUGGAGAGUCUCUAGUCAAGGAUAAAUCCAUGUCCUCAUGGAAGUUGACAGGCUGGCUCCCUCCAGCAUAAUCUGUAAGAGGGAAGGUGGAUACUUGGCUGCACAAAACAAGUUCUGACCUGAGUAGCAGCUUAAGCUUCUUGAAAUGGGGUCAUGUAGACUGGAAGGUUUAAUUAACAAAAAUUAAUUAGUCUGUUCUGCUAACAUCAUCAUGGUUCUGGUUCUCUUAUGUCAAAAACAGGCUUUCCACACCCUAGCUCUCCUCCUCUGAAACAAAGCUCCAUUCAAAAGAUUGUCGUAAAAGUAUACGUGUAUGAGAGAGACAGAGACUUCCGGAAACAUGUUCUAAACUGUAAACAAUACAAAAUACUUGAGAAAUGUCAGAAGAACUGACAGAAGAACUGUGUGCAUAUAGGGAUCUCUUUCAGGGCAGGAAAAUGUGUGGAAACUUUGUACUGCAAAAAAACAAACAAAGCCGUUAAAGUUAGUUUAACUAUAACUUGCAAGAAAAGAACAGGAUACCAAAGGGGGAUCAAACUAUGGUUUAUUAACUUUGGGUAGUACAAACCAUGGUUUUCUACAUUCAGACAAGAUGGGGAACUGUGGUUUGUCCCAAACCACAAAUGGAAGCUUCUCGUUUCCUCCCCACAUGUGCAGAAAGUGGGAGGGAGUGUACAUAAACAUGAGACUUGCUCUAGGGUGUUCUCAUCACAAUAAAAGAAACCAAGGCUUGUUGUGACAUUUGAAUGCAGCCAAUGUGUGACAGUGUCAGGGUGGAGCUUGGGAGAGUAUCACAUUUCAAUAAUAUAGCAAAUGCACACUCCAACUUGCUGCUGCCACACAGUUCUCUUCAUAGUAAGAGCACACAUAAGCACUGCACAUGCAGCUUUGGUUAAAAUCCAAAGGAAUCAAUUUGCUUCACUCCAAGAACUGUUUUUGAAGCCCCAAACCGCUUGAAAAGCAAAUUUAUGGCUCUGGAAAUCCCACUUCCAGACACCACCACCUCUGCCUGCUUGGGCAAGGUGGAUUAGCAGGAAGCCAAGCUGUAGUUGAGCAUGUAAGGCUACAAUCCUAAGCAUACUUAGUUGGGCGUAAAUAUCAUUGAAUUUAGCAGGUAUUAUUUCUGAGUAAAUGUGCAUAGGAUAAUUGAUGUGCAUUAGUGACUCAAGUGCAAAUAUACAGUCCUAGAAAAAAUUAAUCCUAGAUUGACCUGACCUGGUUUAAUAAUUUGCUCUGAGCAUACCUUUCUGGAGAUGAUACAAGGUAGUCCUGUGAGGGAGCCAGUCACAGAUGGAUUGGUGUUCAGGUGGUUUUGCCUUUUAGUCCAAAAUUUAACAUGUUAACCUUAUUAUCUGUGAUCACUAUGCUCUUUGUUCACUGAACAUCACAGUAAUAGGAUCGGAUGUCCCCCGUCACAGGGUACCUCUGUUCACACCACAUACAUUGUGGCUAUUAUUUGCACUGUGAAAGCUUUGAGAAAUGCCUAUGACUUCACUGAGUGUGAUCCUUGCGGCAUGGCAUGGGGGGCAGAGUUUUAAAUGCUUGUUAUUAAAAUGUGUAUGUAGUAAAGCAUGCCUCCUUCGAUUUUCCUGUAGUAAUUUUGCUUUCUUAUAUUGUCUGCUGCAAAAACAAACCGGGUCUUAAGUUGCUUACUAGAACUUCAGAAUUGCCCAUACUUGUCUGAGAGGGUAGGGCAGCUUAAUCAAAGAGAAGUGAUACAACAAUGGAUUUUAAGUAGUUUAAAUCUACAUUUCAGACUGGCUGUCUGGACUACAUAACCUCUUGGCCGGAUGCCAGCAGAGUAAGAAAUGCGCAAACUCACUCAAGGUGGCAAUCGUUUGAUCAACACCACACAAAACAAGUAAGAUUAACUACAUCUAUAUCUCCAUCUCCCUUCCACUCCUUGUGAGCUCAAACUGCAAGAGAAAAGCGUAUUUUGUAUAGAAUCAUCCCAGAAGACAAAUUUUGAUUACUUUUGUAUGGUAGAAAAUUUCAGUUGUUAAUCAAGCCUGCUGCAUGAACGGUUGGUUUUGCUUCUCUCUGUAACGGACUAGAAAUGCGACUGGAAGGGUGUGUUGGGGUGUUCAAACACAGUGGUAUUAUUAUCACAGUAAUAUGAAGCUGUAUCUGAGGUCUGACAGCUUUUUCUCUGUACAAUGAAAUUCCUGAGCAUGCUAAGUUCAUUGGACAUGCAGUAUUUCUUUUACAAAGGCACCAGGAAAUGCCUGACACAAACAUGGCUGCAUUUUCUUUUUGCCAUUCCAACCUUAACAGCUGAGGAACCCAAGAAUUAUCUAUAUAUUCUGGGUAGGACCAUGUGCACUUUGAAAAAAAUGUAAAUGGCCAAAUAACCUCCUGGUCUAGGAGUACACUAUGUGGUUCUAAUAAUGGAACCUAAACAAGUAAGAACAUAUUCUUUUGCACAGUUGCUCUAAACAAAAAGCUCAGACAGCUUUUUCAAAACCAGCGGAUCUAGUCAGAAACCAUUCUGCCUGUGUGAUUGUGCUGUGAUUCUAAAGUCUUGUUGAAUUAUGUGGGGCUUAUUUUUGAUUAACAGUGAAUAAGGUUGGUCUGUUAGCUUCUAUGUAUGAAUCAACUGGAGUGGCAGCCUCUGUCUUGGGUCUUCUAUUUUGAACGGUCUUUUGAAAUACAGUGGUAUCUCGGGUUAAGUACUUAAUUCGUUCCGGAGGUCUGUUCUUAACCUGAAACUGUUCUUAACCUGAAGCACCACUUUAGCUAAUGGGGCCUCACGCUGCCGCCGCACCGCCGGAGCAUGAUUUCUGUUCUCAUCCUGAAGCAAAGUUCUUAACCCGAGGUACUAUUUCUGGGUUAGCAGAGUCUGUAACCUGAAGCGUAUGUAACCUGAAGCGUAUGUAACUCGAGGUACCACUGUAGUUGUUUCCUAUUGUUAUAGAUGGGGUACCAGAGUCUGUUAAUGAAUACCAGAAACUAAUAAAGGGUAGCAUUUACAUAAUAUUUAGGAUAUGAAGGGAAAAUACAACCUGCAGAACUGUACCAUAUGAGAAGUUCCUGGGUUAGCUUAUGCAAACCAGCCUGGCUGGGCUAGCUUAGUGCAGAGACAUUGCGGGGCAAUAGGGAACCAAGCACUGAUCCAUUAAGGACAUUGGCAAUGCAAAAGAACUGUCUUCUCUGAGGAGUGGACAGUGAUAGGAGAAUUGACAGGUUGCCAAGGUGAUGAGGGGGCAUGAGGUCACAGGAAAAUUUGUCCUUUUUGAAAUCUAAAGGUUUGCUGGGAAGGAAUGGGGCAGAGUUCUGUGAGCUGCUGUGGAGGUGAGAAGCAGGAACAAAUAUGGCAUGCGGGAUGGCUCUGAAUCCAAUUCUAGGGGGCAGGAAGGACAAGCUGCACCUGAGAUGGGAAUGCUGUACACUCUGCACUCCCUUCAUCUACACUCAGGGUGUACAUAUGCAUUAAUAAACCAUCUUUCAAACACUCCACCAUGCUUUAUUUUCCCCCAAAGAGACAAAGACCCUGGCUGAGAGCCAGGACACCUGGAUUCUUGUUCACCGCUCAGCAGAAAUUGGGGUGGCUAGUAACACUAUUUUGAGCAGACUUCAGACUUCAAAGUGGGGGAGUGAAAAAUAACUGAAACUGGAAGUUUUGUCCUAUGGUAUAAAUGUUAAGUUCUUGCAAUACUUUUGUGUAACAUAUAAGCUGAUUAGCAGGUAUACGAGUUAUUCCUCUUGGGGAUAAACUAGAUGUAACAUUAAAUGUGCACAAGCAUUUAACAUGCUCAGCUUUUGUUCUUUAAAUAGCAGCUGCUGAGGGGCAGACGAGGCUGACCAGGAUUUGAACCAUGGUGUGCAGGAGGCUUGAAACUCCCCCCUCCCUGCACAAACAUACCAUGAUCCCAAUGAAAAUCCCCCUUGAGAUUUCCCCCCAGAGGAAUGUUUCCACAGGAGUCAAAGAACACUUUCCAAAUGGGGAUAAUAACAGUUUUAGGGGAGAUUUUCAUUGGGAUGUGGGAGGAUUAACAUUCCCCUUAGAACACACCAAGGCCCCGAUUCUGAUUGUUCGCUACACCCAGCUGCUAUUUAAAGAACAACAAUCUGAUGCAUUAUUAUCAUGACGUCUAGUUUGGCCCUUCGAUAAGUUGCCCAUUAUAUUAAUAACUGGAGUAGUUCCAGAACACCAACUUUUAUUAAUCCAAGGGAUAAAAUCCAAUAGGAGCUUAAAUUUCAUGAAAGAAUGUGUGUGUGUGUGUGUGUGUGUGUGUGUGUGUGAGAGAGAGAGAGAGAGAGAGAGAGAGAGUCAUAUAAAUAUAUGAAUAAGCUAAAACAUUUAUCAGUGUUUGUAUAAAUGGCAGGCAGGUUACCAUGCUUCUCUGUUUUUUUUCAUGUUGGCAUAUUGUGGCUGUCAAUGGUUUAUCUGGAAUAAGACUAACUGAAUUCAUUGUUCUGAAAGCACCUGAGGAUUAAGAUGAUCUCCUGUGGUUUUAGCAUCUGUGCAUCCAAUGGGAGGUGGAGGAGCACAUACUCGUAAUGUGUAAUCGAGUAAUGGAAAAAGGGAUUAAGAAACAAUAGCUGUCCUUUGUAACCAAUUAUUGGCUACACUGUUAAUUCUCACUCUUUUUCCAAGUGGGAUGUUGUCAGCAUUGAAUCAAAUGUGCAUGAGACAGGAUUCAUGCUGGUUUAUUGUAAUAGGCGACAUUUCCUCAUUUUCACACUCCAUCCCCCUUAAUAUGAACCGAUGAGUAGAUUUCUUUUUCUUUGUUUAUACCUCCCGCUUUCUAAUAGCACACUGUAUAUUUUAUGAUCAGGAAAGUCCAGUGUUUUUGACAGGCAGAAUAAACAUACCCAUAUCCUGAGCCUGAACAUACCUACGAGGAAGUAAAUGCCAUGAAUUACUGGGAAUUACUUGUACUGAUAUACAAGUGAAUUGGUUUAGGACUGAGGCAUAAGUCUACAUAAUUACUGGCCGCCUCCUAUAUUGCAGGGAUAGCCAAUGUAGUGCCUUCCAGAUGCUGCUGACCUACAAUUCCCAUCAACUCUACUUCACAAGGCCAGGGAUGAUGGGAAUUGUAGUCCACUAACAUCUCAAGGGCACUCCUGACUUACUGUGUUGUAACAGCAGCAUGUAGGAUUCUGGUGAUCCUAGCCCUGGCAGAUAGGGAGUUUGUAUCCUUGUGCUGAUGCUGAUUCCAGACGUAUUGUGUUAUACUUCCCUUUCUGACCCAUAUGUAGGGGCCAUACCUCAGCAAGGUUCUAAAUUUUCUUUCUUUUGUUCGGAACAUUCCGAUGUAUUCUAAAUGGUUAGAAUGUGUUUCCUUUCUGUGCUUUCCUCUUCUUAACUGUUUCCCAUGCUUCUGCACUGCCCAUGCAUGCCAGAAAUAAACAGCUAAUUGCAUUAUCACUUUAUGGGGCUAUAUUGUCGAAAGAAAUGGUCACCAGUGGUGUGAUUCUCAUUAAGUAUUUCAAUCUCCUAUCCAAGUACGUUCAUUUUCUAAUAGCUGGGAACAUCAGAAAUAUCCACUCUCGAAAGCAACAAAAACUAGCAGCAUUAGACUGAAAAUUAAACUCUGUGCAUUUUAGAAAGAAAAUGUAAGGCUCAAGUUCUGCAUUUUACAUGUUUUUUUCAACAGCUAAAUAACACUAACAACAAAUGCCUGUACCUCCCAUUUAUCUCUCCAUCUCAUUCCAUGGUGUUACUCUCUUGUUAUUACAUCCGUUUCUCAAUGGUGCCAUUUCAGAUUUUAGUGAGAGAAGGGGAGAGAUUUCAGGAGAAGGCGGAAAAUUGUAGAGGAAGGAUCAAAAGCUUGUUCUAGGGCAUAUCCAAGAUUAAUCUGUGGCGGCACAUGCGGCAGCAGGGAUUGUCUCCCCCUUUCAAUGACGCUGGUGGUGGUCAUACAAACUCCUCUAAAUAUUGGGAAAUAAAGAUAUACCAGGUGAUAUCAAUCAUUGGGAUAUAUAAGCAAGCUGUAUACAUGUAGUUUAAAAUGGAAUGGCUGUACCUGGCUGAGAACCCACGUUUUCAAGCUGUGAAUGUAAUCCUUGAGAAAGAUCUGAACUGCCAGCCUGAUAAACAUGCACCUGGCCGCGAGAUUUGGAUCAGUUUUGAUCAGCAAAAGUAAACUUACAGUCUAGAAAUGGAAAAUACACAGAUUGGGGCAAGGCUACUUAUUUAUAGAACUACUUUUUUUUUAAGCUGGACUGUUGGAAACCUUAUUACUGGUAACAGUAAUAUUUGCUUUGCUGGAGUAUACAGUUGCCUUUUAUUAGUAACACAAACGGGCCUCCUUUCAAUCUCCCUGGAAAAAUGAACCUACAGAUGGCUGACAUUUGUACUGUUUUGCUUUAACUUCUUUUCAACAAGUUAGAAUAACGGAAGGAAAGUCAGAAAAAGAGGGCUUGCAGACUAAGGCCUUUUAAAACCUCUCUUUUCAACUGCCUCCCCGCUCCUCUGCUGUUAUGAGAACUUUGGAUCAUUAUAAAUAUACAGGAGAAAAUAAUUUGUGAUGAAUGAGCUGCCUGGCCAUUGUAGGAUUAUGUUUGUAUUUUGAAAUGCUUGAAUAAAAUAGUGCUUUGAGCUGUAUGUUCUAAAAUGCCAUUAUUCCUGCUGUAGCUGGGACAGAAGGGAACCAUGCUUAUGAAACCUCGAAGAAUCUAAGGAAUAGUUAGUGAAAGCAGAUUCCUAAAUGCCAGUAUGGCAUAGUGUAUAGAGAAUGUUGGACUUGGAUCAGCAACAUUUGUUUUUCAAGUCUCUACUAAGUCACAAAGCUCACAGGGCACUUUUGGAUGUCAGUAUUCUUCAGCAUAACCCAAACACAAAAUGGGGGGGGGGAAUAAUGUGUACAAUCCUUACUUAGGGAACUGAGAAACCCACCUUAUUUCUUUUAUUGUAAGUUGUUUUAAACUGGUUUUAAUAUAGUGUUUUAAUUGUUGCAACCGUGCACUGGGACCUUAAAAGUGAAGGGCAGGCAAAUAAUAAUACAGAUAUGAUUAGCAGUCAUCUGAAUCUGUGUACGCACCAUACAUUUAAAGUAUGACUUCACCCAAAGGAUCCUUGGAUAGUGAAAGCUGUAGCUUGAGGGAUGAAACUAUAGCACCCAGGAUUCAUUGGGUGGGGGGAGUCAUGUGCUUUGAGAGCCAGUGUGGUGUAGUGGUUAAGAGCAGUAGACUCAUAAUCUGGUGAACUGGGUUCGCGUCUCCGCUCCUCCACAUGCAGCUGCUGGGUGACCUUGGGCCAGUCACACUUCUCUGAAGUCUCUCAGCCCCACUCACCUCACAGAGGUAGGGGAGGAAGGGAAAGGAGAAUGUUAGCCACUUUGAGACUCCUUCGGGUAGUGAUAAAGCAGGAUAUCAAAUCCAAACUCUUCUUCUUCUUUAAGUGUGUGCUACAGAUGCUGCCAAGGGCAAACCAAUAUGAAUGCAGAGAACUACCCUUGACUUGUUCAACUUGCAGCUAAUGUGCCCUUAUACAAUGCAGACUUAAGUGGUAUUCUCUGCUAUCUGAAGCUUGCAGGGAUAUGAUCAUCAUUCAUUAGAUCAGCAUCAGAAAGGUCAGUGUUGGCAGGAUUACAAACUAACUGAGACACCAUCCCACAACUCCAGCCAAGAUCUGUUGGCUGGCCUUCUUGGUAGCUUCUUCGUUCAUAAUGGGUUGCUAUGAAUCUGGGGGCAAUAAGAUUGAAGCAGCUGCAGUAGUUCCAGAACUGAGGAUCAACUGUUAACACAGCAUUCCUUGAACCAGGGCUGCCAGUUUUCCCCCAUAUAUGGUGGUUCUGUUCUUUUCCUCUGCUAUUAGAUGCAUGGCAUGAUUUGGGGAAGGGUGUGUGUGAACCAAACCUGAUAUCCUGGGGCAUAUCCAGUGAUAGUCAUACACAAUUCAGUACAUUUAUUGUGCUAGACAAUUAUGCUAUGAAACACCUAAACACAAACACAGUAAUAACAUAACAAGCGUCAAUAAUAUUAAAGAAGAAAAAAUAGAAGUACCAUCAGUAUCUUAGUGUACCAUAAGUACCUUAGCGUCUCAAAUUUCAGUAGCAUCCUGUGCGUUGCCAAAAUCCGGCACCCCCGCCUCUCACCUUCUGUUAGACUUCAUAGCUGUGGCGCCUGCUGCGGUGCCCCAGAAUUUUCACGCCUGGUGAAACUGAACAGCUCACACUCUCCUCUAUCUGCCUUUGGUACCAUCAGCGAACUCAGCUUCAGAUUAAGCCUCAGAGUUCCCAAAACAAUUUGCAGCAAUAUUAUCUAACACUCUUUUUUUAUUUUUUUUUGCAGCCAGUGCAAAAAAGAUACACUUCAUGUGUCACAAAGCUGUUAGUGUCACUCAAAAGAAAUAGUACUGUUUCUUCCAAGGUGUUCCUGCUUCUAUAUGUCAACAGACAUUUUAGAAAUCUCUCUUGGAUUACUAUAUAAAGGACAGAUUAACAGAUAGUGAAUAAUAUCUUCCACCUGAAAUUGGCCACAAACACAGAACCUGCUGUCAUAAGUGACCUUGUUGCAGUGACCACCCAGAACUGCAGUAGCACUUGAAAUUGCAGCUCAGUGAAGGCAUUUCUUAAGAGAUCCAUUCAUUUCAAUAGGUCUACUCGGAAUGUGACUAAUGUUGGCUAUCACCCACUGUCUCUAACUUAAAAAUGACCUCAAGAGCAGGCUGACAUAACCACAUUCCAGAAAACAUCAAAAGGCAUAGCAGGGAAUCACCACACAUCUAUUGCCUGCCAAGAAACCUGAGAAACGUUUUCUCCAAGUAACAGCCAGAUUUAAGUGUCCAUUAAUUGGCCAUAACUUAGGCCAUCAGCUCUGACCUGCUGUCAAUUCCUUUUCUGAUUUCCUCUGCCUUCAGUAAUUAACACCAAGACCUGGCAGAGUCUGGCCUUCAAAAUAAAUCCACACACUGGCUACUUGAAAUUUGCAAGGGGUGCUCUGCUCAAAGUUUCCCAUGUGACCCGUCCCAAAGGAAGAUUCCUCCCUGCAACAGUGCCAUCUUGAAAGAAGAAGGCUAACGUGGUGAUGGUGGUGGAAUGGAGAGGGAUUGUCCAGCAGUGGGAAGGGCACAAAGAGAAGUCUGCUCUUCUGGCCUUCAUUAGGUCCGGAAGUCUUACUAACAAGAAAUUCCCAGUGCAAAUGUACCAGAGGUAAAGGCCCAGAAGCCCAAGCAAACUGCAGUUGCCAUAGAUCUGUGUUCCUGGAAUUUCCAGUUAGUUGUUACUUGACCAACCACCCCCCUUUGACUUUCCCCAUUGCUACUGCUGAGGGUAGAGGUGGUGGAGAAGUGAAACUGAUUGUAGGGGAGAUUUGGAAUCGAGUUGAAUUUCUUUGGAAAAUCCUGGGCUUUUGUGUAUGAGUUCUCAGUAAUCUGCGAAGAACAAAAAACCUGAAACAACAGCCCUUUUCUAAACUGGAAGUGUGGAUGUGAAACUUACCCAUGUUUACAGAGAAGUUAGAAUGAAUGUUUAUCUCUGUGUUUUCCUUUCUGCAUUGUUUGACUAUGGAUGCCCCCUGUAUAAAACCUUUCUUGAUUUAGUGCUCAUCCACACUUUUGCUUGAUCUGUAUUUUCAUUGUAUUGUGUACCAAUUAAUUCCAUCAGGUCUAAGAGCUUUUCCUGUUGCUCUAUGGCUGUGUCUUGAGAAAAUCCGAUCUUACUCGCUGAGUCAGGUCUUAUCAGAUGCAUGGAAAAUCUGAAGAGAGAUUUGCUUAACGGAGCUUCAAUUCAGCGGGUAAAAUCAGAUUUCCGCAAGGCACAGCUGCAGAACAACAAGAAAAGCUCUCAGACCCAGAGGAAUUAAUCAGAACACAAUGUGAUCAAAAUAUGGGUCAAGCAAAAGUGUGGAUGAGCUCUUAUUUUAAAUGCUCCCUAGAGUCAGUCGGGUCCAGCCUGAGAUGUCUUGCUACCUGAGGCAAUGGACCCGAUGGCAUCCUUCUCAUUUCAUGAAGCCAGCUAAAUUGGCAGUUAGAAAUACUUGUCCUGGAAGCCAUGCAUCUAAUAAAAUGUCAAAAAGGAUGCUACCCUACUCACAGGAUGCAGCUCACAUAAUUUUGAACUCAAGGUUAUGACUUCUACUGGUUUAAAUGGAUCUGGAUAGGCCUUCAGUGUGUGCUUUUCAGAAGGCUAACAUUAAAAAUUAAAAUAUAGGCUGCAAUCCUAUACCCACUGAUCUGGGGAGUAUGUCCCAUGGAAUUCAGGGGUACUUACUUCUAAGUGGACAUGCAUUGGGUUGUGCUGUAAGGCUAUGAUUCUCUGUACACUUACGUAAGAGUAAGCCCCAUUGAACUAGGUGAGACUUACUUCCAAUACAUGUGUGUAGGACUGCACAACGUUUCAUAAACUAUAGCAGUAAUAAGUAGUUAAACUUUAAAAAUGAUGAAUAAGUAUGUGAUGUUAGGUCAUCAUUGUAUCAAGCUGUGUCUGUUUUUAAAGUACUAUAUAGCACAUUCAAUUUGCUGUUUUCAUGUUCUGUUGAUGGGAACAUGGCUAACAAGUUUAGGCUAUGCCAAUUCUGUGCUCUCAGUUUGUGAAAUGAUAAUGAAAAUAACUAUCUUCAGUAUUCUUAUGUACAGCAGUGGACAACCUGAAUAGACUCACACAUGGCAGAGUUGCCUGUAACAGGGUGUGGCAAGACUUGGAUUAUGAUGACUUUGCUGACAUCUUUGUGCACCAGCUUAGAAAAAUGGGAUGGGGCUGUUAUACAUAUUGUGACAGAAUAUUUACUCAAUCCUAAAAGUCUUAUUGAGACAGUCUAGUGCCGUUUCCUUCAGUAUUUUGCCACUUAUGAAAAUCAUUGAAAUAAAAAAUUCUGUCUAAGAAUGUUCAACUCUCAUUAACUGACUCUGUUUUGCUUCUGUAUUCAGAAAGGAAUUUGA